CAGACAGACGCCGGGACGAGGCAUGGGUCGCACCCUCGGCUUGUGCAGCAGCAGCAACGACUAAACAACAGCAACACCGAAAUCUACUUCUCUCUCAAAUCAUGAAGGGGUAGGGACUCUCGACGACGUACAAGAAAUCUUCAAACCAUGGCACCACUAAGCCAGGGGAGGCAUGGCCUUUCAUCAUCGCGAAAGAGCACACAUGCGCCGGGCCCGUCAUCAUCCUCGUCGUUGAACGGCGCCGGGUCGAGCGGCUUUGGUCUCGGCGGUACCAGCGGCACAGGACAUAGCAGAAGAGCGCAAUACUCGCUUCCGCCCCCCCUCGUCCCGGACUGCCUGACUUCUCUCUCUCGUAUUUCUACGCCUGCCGACGACGCCCUCCUCAGGUGGAGGAGAUUCUCGGGUAGCAGUGAGGAGCUCGAGGCCGGUCAAGAAGCUCUUUGUCGCUUGUCUGCAGAGGAAGUACGGGCGAAAGGAAGGGAGAGCCUCCUGCCGGGGUACGAUUGUCAAGGUAGAGGAACGCUGGACAAGAUCCUCGAUGGGAUUCUCUGGGCGCCCGAGCAUGCUGCUGCCGGCCCCCUCAUCGCCCUCUGGCUCUUCGAAUUUGGCACGCAGGAGGGAGAGCGCAAGUUUGGGCUGGAAAGACUAACUUGUACCUGGGGUAGUACGCAGCUGUCGAGCUUCUACGAACCACUCUCAUCCGAGAACAUCUCCUCGCCCGACAUUCUCCGUCCUCAACAACCAAAUCUCGACCAAGCUCAGCGCCUCUUUUUGCUUGCCAUUGAGGAGAAAGCCAUGAGCCGGUGGAUCUAUACUCGAGCUCGAGAGAAAAAACUGGCUUCAGAAUCCUCUUCCAGGGAUGGGGACGACGAUAUCUCAGUGCCGACGGUGCCCAACCAGGAGAGUCAUCAAGACGCUAGUGAGCAGGGCCCCAUCCUCAACGAAGUCUUGGACAAACAUACGGCGCAUACACCCGCCUAUUGGAAGCGGGCAGGCCGCCGCGAUGCCAUACGCUUCGGCAGAUCGAUUCUCCUUGCCUCCAGGCGUGGCCAGGGCUUGAUUCGACUAGGAUUGCGCGCCACUUUAAGCGAUGGCGGCAAGCUCUUCUUGGAAACUAGGCCUCUGGUUAGCCAGCAUCUUAAACCAAUUUUCUCCCAAGCCUCGGCUCCAUCAGGCACCAGGGUGAUGCUAUCACCACUCGCCAGUGAAGCUCGCCUCAUCGACUGGGUCGGCGGUCUUAUCGAUCAGGACGCCGAAGGGGAAGCUGCAGCGCGACUGAAGCAAGCAAGAAGCGAAUUACUGUCUCGUAUCGGCGACCGAGGCGUCAAUGUCGAAUCGCUGAGCAGCGAUUGGGUACUUUGCGAGACCGAUUCACCUCCCGUCGAUCAGAAACAGGAAGGCGAGGAAAACGCUUCGAGCACUCGACGAUUUUUGUGGCCGGCAGACCUGGUCUUUGCUUGCGAAAGCAACCCUCUUCAAGCUCUUGAGCCUCAGCGACCAAAGAUGCAACCACACGGAGCUAUGGAGAUCGUCUCGAUGUGCACGACAGAACUCGCUCAAAGGACUGUUGACAUGAUGAGGGGUAUCCCCAUCGAGACGGCAAAGCGGGCCAAAGAAGCCGGCACCGAUCCCGGCUCUGUCACAGGUCGUCGACACUCAAACGACACGAGCGAGGGUGACGAAGAAGAGGAAGAAGCGGAUGAGGGGGAGAGAGUGAAGAAGGAGGAGGAAGUAGAAGAAGAAAAAGAAGAAGAAGAAGAAGAAGAAGAAGAAGAAGAAGAAGAAGAAGAAGAGGAAGAGGAAGAGGUGGAAGAGGAGGAAGGGGAGGAAGAGGGAGACAGCACCCUACCCCGCAGGAGAGUGGGGGAGAAUGGUGAUGACGGUGCACCAGUCGAGGACGGCGAAGAGGACAAUGACGUGGACGUUGGUGACGAUACUAUACGAUCAGCGAGACUUGAAGAGAGGGAGAACGAAGGCAAGGCUGCCGCUCUUGCUCCUGCGCAAGGGCCUGCCAUAGCAUCUGGCGAGGUCUUACAAGAAGGAGAGCAGGCCGUAGCAGAGUCAUCAAAGAGCAAAGAAGACGCUGACAUGGACCUCUGGGGUGACUUUGUCUACGAAGGAGAGUCACGUCAGCGACAACCUUCAUCCUCGCCUGCAAAGCAAACUAACGAUGACGACGAUGGCGGAAUGUUUGGACUCGUUACUGAGGACGACUUUUCCUUUUUUGACGAUGCAGCAGCUGCCGCUGCUGCCGCCGCCUCUGCUGCCUUUGAUGUGGAGACGCCGACAGCCUCUGUCACUGGCGAUGACGAAGAGAUGCGUUUCUCAGAGAUCGACAACAGCGAACAACGCCAAGACGAGAUCACUUCGGGCCCCAUGGCUGUAGACAGCUUACCUCGCAGCAACGGCAACAGCAGCAGUUCCUUCAGCACCUCGACUAUCGUCGACCAUCCGUCCGUGCCUGGCUUUACACCGAGCUCCUUGAGCGCGAGUUCUCCAGCCGCUCAUGGAGCACAUGCGGCAAAAACACCUCGAACGCCAUAUUCGCCGACGCAAGACAUGGCUGAUGCCCAUGUCACCAUCGAGGGAGAGCAUCAAGGCGAUAUGUAUCGCCAUUCGUCCCGCAUUUCAGCUGGCGGGGGAGCUCCACCGUCCGCCUACAGUGCUGCCGGUGGCGAGGGAGAGGGUCUGGAGUACGACGAUACCGGGAGCACGCCCUUUUCGAUCCAGGAGCCUGGAUCGAAGGAACCGGACUCCCCGAGAAAGAAUUUCGAUCUUAGCUCCAAGUACGAAAUGGGGAAAUACGCUAUCUCCCAGCGUCCGUUUCGACGUCGAGCCUCGAGGAGAGGACCUCUUGCCGGCAUUCGAAGCAACCAGCUGCUGAAUAUGACUGGGAUUUCACAGAAGCGACGCCUGAACAGGCGAGGAGGUGCAGAACAGGAAGAUGAGACCAUGGUCGAUGGGGAAGGCAUGACACCAGCAACGGCCAGCGAGCGAAGCUCAUUGUUAGCAGAGGAUAGCGAGGUCGACAGUAGCCGCAAGUCCGAGCUUGGUGAUGAGGACGACGAGGAAGGAAUUGAGUUCGAUAUGGAUGGCUUCGGACAGGACAGCGACGAUGCAGCAUCAGGCAGUGAUGACGAGACGGACACCAGUAUCGACUCAGCCCAGCAGGCCGAGAUCUUGGCUCACGAGCGUCAUGCUUUGCUGAAGGCCGCUCUGACGAUUUCACAAGCGGCCCAGGCUAGGCGAGAAAGCCAAAAUGAUACCGAAAUGGCUGUGCGUGAACAUCAAAAGAAACCAUGGCCAGCUGCUGCGACACUCGACGUUCUCGUCUCUUGGGCGUUGGAUAUCGUUACCUUCCGCGAUGCGAUCGUCCAGUUUUUUCAAAAGUACGAGACCAGGCCUCUUUGCCUGGACUCGCGCGAUAGCUUUGAGCUCUUGACGCCUUUGGAGUCGACGAGCGCGUGCAGCCUCGGUACGAUUUUCAAGGAGACACGCGUGCUGGAGGAGCCCAGCAUCCUGGUUGGGUGUCAAGGUUCCGUCACUUCGAUAAAGCCUCCGGCAAUCUCAUUCUGGGACAAGCUCGGCCUCACACCUGUUAGUGGCCAGAAACAGGCGACGGCAUUUGCCUUACAGGUGGCCGAUGCUAGCGAAGGAUGGGCGCGAGAGGUGAGGUCAUACUUCGACAGGAUGCAGCAAGCCUUUAGGUCCUACGGUUUAGGCAGUCACGAGCUGGCGGACGAUGGACUCCUGGGCAUUGGCUUCCCAGGCGAAAGUACGAUAUCGGAGGCGUUAGCGUCUAUUCACAACAGCACUGACCGCUGGGAUGAUUCAAUGGACUCGCUCCUGUCGCGCUUCAAACCUUACCUGAAGUCGGGCAGCACUAUCCUCGUAUACGUUGUCGGCGAGCCGUCCAGUCCCCCGCCCUUCUGGGCUAUGGUUCUCCUCCAGACCUCGCUCCAGACUCGAGUCAAAGAGCGCCUGGGCCUUCCAAUGCAGAGACUUCUCGUCAGGCCUCUUCUGUGGAGGUGGACCUCGUCCUCAGGGCCCAGCCUAAGCACCACCGUUGGUCAAUCGAGCUCUUUGUUCGGGCCCGGCCGGCAGAGCUUCAACAUGUCCGGCCAGGCAAGGUCGAUCUACGAUAGCCUCCAAGUGACGGUGGUGCCGCGCGUCAACGAAGAACCUUUUCUUCCGCAAUUACCCAAUGAUAAGGGCUUGCCUGUGCGCUUUCCACACUUAACGCUCGCUCCUUCCGCCCAUUUGACGAGGAGCCGGUCGACCAGCACAGGCAGAGCGGCUUCUGAGCAGCGCUUCGAUCUCCGCUGGCCUACUACUUACGUCGAUGUGGUUCAUCGCAGCGUCCUUCUCCACGUCGGCUACUACAUCGCCACGAGCGAGGAAGAGCUGACAAUCGUCACUGUCAUGGAUGAGCUAGCCCAGGGAUACGAUAUCAAGGCUUGGCCCGGAGGCCGCGGCGCGCAAAAGGACAUUGACGACAUUUGGUCAUUUGCUUGCCACUUUGCGCGCAAGGCGAAGAUCGGCUGGAAGGUGGUGAUUUGCCGCGGCGCCGGCGGUCUGCAGUUCGAGGAGGUUGAGAUGUGGUCGAGGCUCCUGUCCAAACCUUCAAGCUUCGUCGGCUUGGAGCACGUCGUCGAUGUCUCAUUGGCCUUGGCGGACGACCAGUCCAAUCUGGCCAUUGUUGCACCCACAUCGAUGGCGAGAAGGACGCAGACAGAAGUUCCAACAAGCCAGGAGGGGAGAUUAAAGCAUUCAAUUGACACCUCGAGGGUGUCGUACGUCCUUCAUCCUGCCGCGAGGAUCGGUGUAACAAUUAGCGAUGGAGAGGACGUCGACAGCCAGAUUCUAGCUUUGCGCAGCUCGCUGACGGUGACGCUGUUUCAGCAAACGAACAUGAGCACUUCAAUUGCUCAGCCUAGCUGCCUAUUCCAUUCGGCGCUGUGCCCCCACCAGCUCUGGAUUCAUCUCUUGCAGGUGUAUCCCAACCCAUUGUCCCGCCUCGAGAAGGGGACAAACGACGAUCUCGAACACAGCCUCGACGAGCGCAUGCGUCGAAUGGCGAACUCCUUUCACGACCUCGAAGGUGUCGCUCGCUACCGUCACCAGAUCCUGGAAGUGGGACAGCACCUCCCUUGGCACCUUGCCAUGCUCACUUUACUCCUUCACGGCUCUCAACUUUUCCGUCGGUAACGCAAGUGCUCGCAUGGAAGUGCUCCUCCAGCUCUUUCUUUUUACCAAGUGUAUUCUACAACAAUUCUGCUUCAAUGAUCAUUGCUUCCCCU